CGGAACAGGUGGUCAUCUCCACCAACCAAAUCUUCAUCCCGAAAAUUACAGGAUUACAGAGCCGGCGAGGCAGCUUCCUCCUUUAAGCGGCAGAGGAAACGCGUGCUGGUGAAAUACCUACACCUUCUUAGAGAUCGAUAGAGAGAAGAAAGAAAAAAAGGAUCAAAUUGCUUUGGUGGAGUGAUGUGCUGUGACGAUUGCGAGUGCCGGCCUCUUGGCUGGCUAUUAGGCCUCCCCUUCGCCCUCCUUGCCCUAAUCGUCUCCCUCGUUGGAAUUAUCAUAUGGAUCGUCGGGCUGUUGCUAUCCUGCAUAUGCCCUUGCUGCCUCUGCGUUACGAUUGUCGUUGAGAUUGCGAUCGAGUUGAUCAAGGCUCCUAUUCAUGUUAUGCAGUGGUUCACUGCCCAGAUUCCCUGUUAGAAUUUAGGGAAAUUUAUCAUACUGAUCGGUUUAUGAGGAUGAUUUCGACUUAUCUGUUAGUUUUUUUUUUUUGGUGUUUUGUGGUGUAAUUUCUUUUCCAGUUAUGACGUUUGAUGAUUUCCUUUCUAUCAACAGAAAAAAAAAAAAUCAUUAGAG